GUAAAUGCCUCUGGAAUGAUUGCUCAAGUGAAAGACGCCACUGAUUUCUGUGUAUUUCUGCCGCCGAAAGAUUCGACCGAUCGUAUUAUUUCCAACACUGAAUGGAAUGCAAAUGCUUUCUGUAUGGGUGAUACGCCUCUCGCAGUAGGUGCUGAUAAAAUGCCUGAUGGAUUUAUUUUGUCAGCCCAUUACGUCAAGACAGAUUUGUAUGUUCAAAUAACUGGCCAAAUGGACUAUACAAAAGCCAAUUUAGUUGGAACUGAUGAAGGUGGGCAAAUGGAUGUGAAAGCCCCCGAUGGAUCUUCAUGUGCAGGAUGGCAAUACUAUGUUAACUUGAUUGAACCUGUGUCCAAUACCUAUUGUAUGCGUUGUUGUGUAAGUAUGAAAAUUUGUAAUCGUGGUAUUUCUGAAAAGGGUUGCGCUCAUAUCAUUCCUGGCGACUACAGU